CUCUCAUCUCCCUCCCCCUCAUUGUUGAAUGGUCAGGAGGUGUGUGAAUGUGUUUGUCUUUGCUGAGGAGGGGCUGCAUGCGUGCUUGAUUGUGUGUGAGUGUGUAUUUGUGUGUGUGCACCUGUGUGUGUUAAACCAGCAUUGUUCCUGAUAGAGGGAAGGCUGUGCCGCGUUGUUUGGAAAAUCCAAGGUCAUUGGAGCCCGGUCACAUGCGCCGUAUGCGAGCGUGCGUGUGUGAUUGAGUGUCUGUGUGAGAGUGUGUGUGUGUGUGUCUCUCUCCUCUCUCUCUCUCUCUGGCUAUGUGACAGAGAAAGAGGCUUCAGGCAAAGAACAGAGAAUUUCAUCAGGUUUUCCAUCAAUGUACGGUGUUUGUGGAUGCUGUGGGGCCCUGAGACCCCGAUAUAAGAGGCUGGUAGAUAACAUCUUUCCUGAAGACCCUGAGGACGGUUUGGUGAAAGCUAACAUGGAGAAGCUUACUUUUUACGCCUUGUCUGCUCCAGAGAAACUAGACCGUAUCGGUGCCUACCUGUCAGAAAGACUAUCCAGAGACGUUGCCCGGCAUAGAUAUGGGUAUGUUUGUAUUGCUAUGGAGGCGUUGGACCAGCUACUGAUGGCCUGUCACUGUCAGAGUAUAAACCUUUUUGUGGAGAGUUUCCUUACUAUGGUGCGCAAACUGCUAGAGGCAGACAAACCCAACUUACAGAUCCUGGGCACUAACUCUUUUGUGAAGUUUGCAAAUAUAGAGGAGGACACACCGUCAUACCAUCGUAGCUACGAUUUCUUUGUCUCACGCUUCAGUGAGAUGUGCCAUUCCAGUUACGAGGAUCCAGAUAUUCGCACAAAGAUUCGUAUGGCAGGGAUCAGGGGUCUUCAGGGGGUGGUGAGGAAGACUGUCAAUGAUGAACUGCAGGCAAAUAUUUGGGACCCUCAGCACAUGGACAAAAUCGUGCCGUCUCUAUUAUUCAACCUCCAACAGGAUGAAGCCGUAGAGAGGUCUCCUUCCCCAGAGACCGAGAAGGAUAAGGAAAGUCCAGUGGAGCUGACCGAGAGAUGCUUUCGAGAGCUGCUGGGACGAGCAGCCUACGACAACAUCAAGAAUGCUGUGAAACCUGUGCUCAUGCACCUUGAUAAUCAUUCACUUUGGGAGGGCAAAACAUUUGCAGUGCGCUGUUUCAAAAUCAUUAUGUACUCCAUUCAGACCCAACAUUCACAUCUGGUGAUUCAGCAGCUAUUAGGCCACUUGGAUGCCAACAGUAAGAAUUCAGCCAGAGUGCGUGCUGGGAUAGUGGAGGUGAUCUCAGAAGCAGCGGUCAUAGAAGCCAGUGGCUCCAUAGGGCCAACGGUACUGGAGGUGUUUAAUACUCUACUAAAGCAGCUCAGGCUCAGUGUGGACUACGAGCUCACUGGAUCCUAUGACUCUUUUGCAAACAUGGGCUCCAAGGUCAUCAAAGUACACGAGGAGAGACAACUCCAAGAAUCUGUCAUUAAAACCAUUGGCUCAUUUGCAAACACGCUGCCCACCUACCAGCGCUCAGAAGUCAUGCUGUUCAUCAUUGGUAAAAUUCCUGUGCCUGGCAUGUAUCCGGCUCUGGGGUCGGCCAACACCGGGGUUGAGGGCAGUAGGAUGAUCCAGAUUAUGCUGCUAAAGUCUCUGCUGCAGGUAACAGCAGGAUUCCAGUCUACGAACAUUUUGACAGCACUGCCCACCUCAUUCCUGGACCCUCUCUUGUCCUUUACUUUGAUGGAGGACGCAGAGAUCCGUCUACUCGUUCUCGACAUCCUCAUCAGCAUCAUUGAUCGUCAUGACAACCGGCACAAAUUCUCCCCUGUCAGAAUUAUACCAGAUAUCUCAGUACUAAAGCUGAAAGUAGACAAAUGCUCAAGACAGGAUAACCUGUUCAUGAAGAAACACAGCCAGAGGCUGUACCGCCACAUUUACCUGGCCUGCAAGGAGGAAAGCAGCGUCCAGCGACAUUUUGAGUCUCUUCAUAUGCUGCUGGGGUUGAUCUGUGUGGAACUGGCCAAUGAAGAGGUGGUGGUGGACCUGAUUCGACUGGCUUUGGCCUUACAGGACCUGGCCUUGACUGAAGAGGCUCUUCCUAUAUAUACCCGCUGUGCCAUCCACGCUCUGUCAGCUGCUUAUCUGAACCUCAUCAGCCAGCUGACCACUGUGCCCACCUUCUGCCAACACGUCCAUGAGGUGAUCGAGUCAAGAAAGAAACUGGUCCCUUUCCUGCUUCCAGAGGAUGUUCUAGUUGAGAGCUCUAAGAUCCCAGAGAAGCUGGAGAAGGUGGAAGGAGAGGUGCUGUUUGUGCAGGCUAAGAUAGCAGAGAUGCUGGGUGGCAGUGGAUACAACACAGAGAGACUGGCCGCACCAUACAUCCCACAGAUCACAGAUGAAGACAGACUGUCCAAGCGAAAGAGCAUUGGAGACACCGUCUCUCUGCAGUUAGAGAUUGAUUCUAGAAACAGUCCAGAGAAAGAACAGAGAUCCACAGCAGAGCAAAUAACAUUUGAAACUCUUAAACAAGCCAUUGUAGACAGUGUGAAUGUGGAGGAGCUGGAGAGAGAGCGGCGAAGGCAGGUGGUGGAGAGGUUUCAGAACGCUCCAUUUGAGGAGAUAGCAGCCCACUGUGGGGCCAGGGCUUCCCUAUUGCAGAGUAAACUCAACCAAAUCUUUGAAAUCACAAUCAGGCCUCCGCCGAGUCCGUCUGGCUCUGUCGGGAAUGGUCACGGCCGGACCCGCUCCAUACCAGUGUAUGAAAUGGACUUUCCAGACCUCUGUGUAUACUGAUAGACCCUGGAGUCCCAGUCGCAGCAUACAGCUGUUUUCAUCCCACUAUUAUCACUCCUUCUCAAUGUCCAGGUGUAACUAUGUCUUCUAAACCAUGUCCUCUAGUGCAGUGGUUCUCAACUGGUUUGGAGUCCCACUUUACUCAACACACACACACAUGAAUUGUAAGAAUAUCACUAAUACUAAUGAAUAAACAGUAAAAGGUAAGGCUAUUAAAUAACAGUCAUAAACUAGUUUUUGUUAAUACAGUAAAUUAAGGUAGUAAGAGCCACCACAAAUAAUACAAAUAUACAAAACAACACAAAGUGAAAAUAAAGUGGCAUUUUGGGGUUAAGGAAACAACAGUUACCAUAGUAAAUACACAAUACAAUGACCUGUUAAUGAAACAUGGACAUUGAUCCUGAUGAAUAGAAUGAACAUCAUACCUGCAUGGAAAUCAUUCUCAGCUAAUACACAAAGUACCCGUUACGUAAUUUAUUGGUACUUGUUUGUAAUUUCAUGACUUAAUAAUUUACAACAUAACUACGACGUUGCAUGCUCAGCGCGCGCCGCCGCAUUUGCGCAUGCAUUUUAAGAGUGCGCGCUACAAGGCAAGCACAGUAUAAUGGCUGACAGGACAGGAAAGUUCGUUUUUCUGAGGUGAGGGACUUUUUAUUUCAUAACAAAUUACGAAAAUAACGUUAGAAUAAUGACACCGACAAAUAGCCUGACAACAUCUUAACUUACCUCAGAUACUGAAUCAGGACAACACGUUUCAGGCAGUAUUUACUUUAAACUGCUUCUGACAAGAGUCAGCUUUCACGCACGUUUUUCAAAAUAAAAGUCUCGCAUCAGAAAAAAACAUUGAAUUACAUUUGAUGUUGUUUCUUUGCACACUCAAAACGGUCUUGCGACCCACCAGUUGAGAAACACUGGUCUAGUGUAAUAUCGGACUUUAGAUAAGGAUUAUGGCUGUACUUUAUCCUGAGGUCUAUGCCAACAAAGACUAACAAACCAAGAGAAUAUACCAUAUGUUGGUUAAAUAUGCACUUAAUCACUUAGUCUAGAUGAAAAAGGACAGAAUUUAUUGACAAAUGAUCGUAUCUUGUCUGUGUAUUGAGUCUGUUGUUCAGUCUGUUGUUCAGAGCAAGUGAUUGGUUUUCUUGUACAACUAAAAAGUGAAGCUGCCUUAAAUUUUGUAUCUUAAGUUAAGAACAUUUGUUUAAGAAUGUCCUAAUAUUUCCAAAAACUUUUUCAAUGUGGGUACAAACAGUUUAGUGAAAUACAAGCUUUGUUUGCAUGUUUAAACGUCUCUACAUGCUGCAAUAACAGUUGUAUUUAAAGCAAUAAUUAAAGAUUUUAAAAAUUAAAACUCUUGUGUAGAAGCUGAAGAAAAAAUGCAGCAAAUAGCAAGUUUCCAGUUCAACUGACUGCAGUUUUCCCAAUCAGAAUCAUGGUUAAAGGGAUAAAAUGAAAAUUCUCUCAUCAUACUCACCCAUAUGUAUGAUUUUCUUUAUUCUGUGGAACACAAACUUAGAUUCAGAAGAAUCCAAAUUUUCAUUUGAUCUACAAGAAAAUUCCCUCCAAUUCAUAAGCCAUGGCAAAACAUAUAUGGUGAAAAGUUGGCUCACAUGAGCUUAGCCAUUCAAUAUCUAGGCCAGAUGUACCAGCUAUCUGCCACAUUUGGCCGAAACGUUCUUGUUAUUUGCUUAAGAAGACAUGUUUUAUCCACUAGGGUCGAAUGGAUUACUGUUGUAUUCGUUUUGCAUGAUUUUUGAACAUCAACUUGUUCAAAGUGACCCAUCCACUUGCAUUAUAUGGACUCGCAGAGUUAGAUUAUUUUUCUAAAAACCGUUUAUAUUCCACAGAAGAAAAAAAGUCAUAAACAUCUGGGAAGGCACGAGGGUGAGUAAAUGAUGAGAGAAUUUUCAUUUUUUUGGUUGAGUAUACCUUUAAUGACACUGUAUGUAAGAAAGUGAAUGUUUACGUAGUGAAUUCAGUCCCGUAUCAUCAUUUAUUAUUAUAAUCGCUGCAGUUUCCUACAUCUGUACCUCUCUAGCACAGGAAAGAGGUGAAGUGUUCUUUUGCGUAAUGUUUGUUUGAUUGCGUAAAUUGUUUUUUUUUGUUGUUUUUUUCUGAACCAGAGUGAACUGAUAACACUUUUUAGGGCACACGGUCACAUUAGCAAAAUUUUGUGAACAAAAUCACAUUAAUGAAAUUUCAUAAGCAUUUCACAGGCAAAAAAGUGUAGUGAUGUAUAAAGCACUUCUCAGACAGAAGUCACUUUCAGGCAUCUUUCUGUUGGUUAGUGCGGCAAAUUCACGUGGCCAACUUGAAAAUGAGCAAAUUCUGCUCAUUUUCAAGUUGGCAAAAAAAAAAAAAUUCAACUUUUUUUGCUCUCAGAAAGAUUCUUAUUGGAAUGACUGGAUUUCGCCGAGCUACGGUAAAUUUUAUCACAUUGUCAUUGUCAAGUGUAGUAAAGCAUGAAGCACCUCUAACUCAGAGGUCACUUCCAAAUAAGCAGCUUUAUGUUGGUAACAUAUUUGCACAACAAAUUCAAGUUUGUUGAACAUUUAACACGUGAAUUCGCCGGGUAUACCAAUAUAAAGCUUCCUGGUUUGGAAAUGACCUCUGAGUAAGCAGCACUUCAGACAUCUCUACAUACAGUACUGACAAUAGACCUACUUUACCUGCAAAAUUUCACUGAAGUUUCGCUAAAUGCAAAAUUCCCAAAUGGGUCUAAAGGGAUCAAUUAUCUCCCUUUUUGCCAUGAUAUGCGUUUCAUUUGUCGCUUGUGCAGUGUUUAUUUUCUUUUUGCAAAAAUGUAUAAAUAAUUUCAGGUUUGUGUGUUUAAUAGCCAGCUAGUAAAACCUCACUCCUCUGGCCUCAAGAGGCGCACUAGCGAAUGAUGCUAGAGGCUGCAGUCUUUAGUAUCCUUGUUAGCGUGCCCACUUCCCAUGCAGGUGACACUGGUUCAAAUCCCGCUCGGAGCGGUGCGAGUAGGACCAGUUAUACUGGUGCUGUGACCUGGAUGGGACUGAGGUUUAGGGGCUAGUAAGAGCUGUGAGAGUAAACCUCAUUCCUCUGGCCUCAAGAGGCGCACUAGCGAAUGACGCUAGAGGCUGCAGUCUUUAGUAGAACCAGAGGGGUUACUUAGGUUAAGAUUUUGAUCUCCCAGAUUUAAUCGCAGCACUUUAAAGCUCACUGUGUAAAUGUAGUGUAUGCUGAAUAUACUUCAUGUGCGAAAUUUCAUCUUGACGUGUUCUUGACUAAAAUUUUAUGGUGUUAUGUGUUGUCAUGUCAUAGUGUUCCAGUUCCACAUAUAAAUUUUACCUUUUUUUUCCUUUUUCUUUUUUUUUUUGUCGUAAAACUCUUUAUUGUUCCUGAAGUCAUUUUUUUAGGCUGAUGUAUAUUAUUUUAUUUAUAUAUAUUUUUUUUGGUAAUGCCUUGAAUUUAUUUACAAGCAUAAAAAAUACAAAAUGGGUUUUAUCUUCUGUCAAUAUGGCUAUGAUGUUCAACUGAUGGAAUAUCUAGACUGCUUACAUGUGAGGUGAUUUUGCAUGUAUGAAAUCAAAUAUCAAAGUUUAGUCUUUCCUUGUCAGCUGCUGCAUGCACUGGGUGUUUUGUCUCUGUGCUUUUACCUUUUUUUCCUUUAAAUUUUUAAUCAGUGAGAUCAUUACAACACUGUGGAUCGUAAUUAGUCAACCUCUGUUUAGAUACUAUCACUGCAAACGGAUAUGACUUCAGAACUGUGUUCUGUGAAUGUUUGCCUACAUGAAAUUUAGUGAUGUACAUAUGUGGUGUGAAUAAUAAGAAUAUCAAUUAAAGAUUAAUUUUAUGAAUUCAAA